AUGGCUGAUAAUGAUGGGGAGUGGGAUGAUGAUGAAUUUACUAUGGAUGCAUGCAUUUUAGGCGUGGUGGUAGCAAUUAGUGAGCUAACAUAUUCUGCGUCUCGUCAAAAAUGUUGGACAUCUACAUUGUCUGGUCAUAAAUGGAUAUCAGAUUUAAUUCGAGUGGGAACACGCGAAGUUGGAUUAAGAGAGAUGGUUGCUAUUUUCAUAUAUAUGGUUGCACAAUGGGUUAGUACUAGAGCAGUGCAGGAUCGGUUUCAACAUUCUGAUGAAACAAUUCAUCGACAAUUUCACAAAGUGUUGGAUAGCAUUAUAAGAAUGUCCAGGGAUAUUAUGAGACUGAGAGAUCCUGAGUUAAGCGUGACUCGUCGUCAAAUCACAGAAAAUGACAAGUUUAAUUCAUUUUUCAAUGAUUGCAUUGGGGCAAUUGAUGGUACACACAUAGCUGCAGUUGUGCCUCCUGACCAACGUAUUCCAUACAUUGGGAGGAAAGAAGUGAUAACCCAAAAUGUGAUAGAAAUAUGUGAUUUCGACAUGUUAUUCACAUUUGUUUGUGGUGGAUGGGAAGGGUCGACGCAUGAUUCUCAAAUAUUCAAUAAAGUCUUAACAGAUGUACAUAACAAUUUACCUCACCCUCCUGCAGGGAAAUAUUAUUUAGUUGAUGCCGGAUAUCCAAAUCAGAGGGGAUAUCUUGCGCCCUAUAAAGGGCAGAAAUACCACCUAGAGAUUAUUAUUGCAUGCAUGGCCUUGCACAAUUUCAUUCGAAUGCACGUUAUUGAGGAUGAAGAUUUUAUCGCAUAUGGUAACGAAUUUGUGGUCAUCGGAAAUGACGACGACUUUGGUACUCCGAUGGAUGUUGGGGAGCCUUUACAUUUAAAUGAAGAUUUAGAUAUGAACACUUUACGUGAUAUGAUUGCCGCGGAGUUAUAUGAUGCAUAG